AUGUCAAGAUUCCAAUUUACAGUAGAAUGCCAAGAAGGAACAUUCUUCUCUGCGAAACAUGAUACAUGUGUGGAUCCAGUUGAAUCUGAAUGUGGAAAAGUUGAAGGUUGCUUGGGACAAUGUCCACAUGAAAGUUUAAAAGCCAAUGUGUAUCUUCCCCAUGAGGACUGUAAUAAAUACUGUCGCUGUCAAAAAGGUCGUCCGAUUCCAGAAGAUUGUGCACCAAACUAUCAGUUUGAUGCAGAAAGACAACGAUGUCUUCCUGUGGGACAAGCUGAAUGUGAUAGACUGAAUGGUUUAACUACUACUACUACUACUACUACUACUACUACUACUACUACUGCAUCUCCAACAACAACUUCUAGCUCAUCAACAACAACGUACCCACCUACAACUCCUAGUUUAAUUCCAUCAACUAAUCCUUCCACAACAUCUGAAUCAUCAUCAACAGCUAGCCCAUCAUCAACAGCUGGUCCAUCAUCAACAGCUAGCCCAUCAUCAACAGCUAGCUCAUCAUCAACAGCUAGCCCAUCAUCAACAGCUAGCUCAUCAUCAACAGCUGGUCCAUCACCAACAGCUAGCUCAUCAUCAACAACUUCAAAGACCUCAACAACUGAAAAUGUUAAAGCUACCUCAGAACCACUCACAACACAAAAUCAACCCUUACCUGAUUCUUCACCUGAACCAACAACAGUAAAAACUAUCAGAACUCCAUCAGAUCGUUCUGUGUCAAAUUGUGCUGGUCGCUGUCCACAAACCGAUGAUCCUAACAGUGUAGUCCUAUUAGCUCAUAAAGAUUGUACAAAAUACUGUCGUUGUAAAGCAGGUCAUCCAUUAGUGAAAAACUGCCCUCCACAAUAUCUCUUCAGUUUAGAUCAAGAAAUGUGUUUACCUUCUAACUUCACCACUUGUCAUCAUCUUGCUCAUCACUGAAAUUAAAUAUCAAUAUAAUGGAUUCGAUUAAGUUGUAAUUUAAAUAAAAUAAUUUCUCAAGAAAA